CACCAACGGUUACAUACCUGACGAUGACUGUCGGUUGCCUACAGCGAAGUGCAACUCCAGAAGGCUCGAAGUGUAUAGCACGCCGAUGCUCACGUCAGGUUUAAGCAAAUCUAUAUAUCAACCGAGUUGCUCACCUGCAUUUCGUUCGCCAGGGGCAGCUCAUUAUUAUUUCGGGAUUUGACUAGCCUGUAGCUUCGCACCCCACAUUUAUCAUGUCGUCAAGCCUCCAAGCCGACGCUCAAUACGAAACCACCAUCAGGGGUUUCCUGAACCGGCAACGCACGAUACCCACGCCUCUGCCUGGAGAUCUGCGCGUUACAGGUCAAACUGCCAUCGUCACAGGGAGCAAUGUGGGCCUUGGUCUUUCAGCGUCCCGGCAGCUGCUGGGGCUCGGGCUUUCCCAUCUGAUCAUGGCUGUACGUUCACCAGCCAAAGGCGAGGCGGCAGCGAGUCGAUUACGCAAGGAGUUUCCUGACUCACAGAUUUCCGUCUGGAUCCUCGAUAUGGAGUCGUAUGACUCUAUCCGCAAGUUUGUAGAGCAGUGUGCCACUCUACCACGUCUAGACAUCGCAAUCCUCAAUGCCGGGGUGAUGACCUUCUCAUACAAAACUGUUGCGGACACGGGUCACGAAGUCUCAAUGCAGGUCGACUAUCUUUCGACGGUGUUUCUGGCCCUACUGCUUAUCCCAGUCCUCAAGUCUAAGAAAGUCCCUCACGCUUCAAGACCACCGGUGCUCAAUAUCGUAGGGUCCGACAUGGCGUAUUGGGCCUCUAUGAAGACAAAGGAACCAAUCUUGCCGCAGUUCGAUGAUCCUAAAACUUUCAGCUCGGCCGCCGCGUACGGCAACUCGAAGCUGCUAUUGAUAUUUUUCGUGGCUAAGCUUUCCGAGCUUGUUAAGCCAAGCGAUGUUUUACUCAACCUGUCUAAUCCUGGAAUGACCAAAGGAACAUCCUUCGGCCGCGACGGCAACGUGGUCGUUAAGAAGAUCUUUGAUGUCGCCAAGUUCUUUUUAGCAAGAUCGGCAGAUCUCGGUGCUUCUAUAUACCUUGACGCAGCUUUGACGCGAGGCGCUGAAAGCCAUGGGAGCUUCAUCAGUGAUUGGGCCAUCAAGCCCUUUCCGCCGGUUUGGUACACGGAAGAAGGACGGGAGCUGGGUGCAAGACUUUGGGAUGAAACUAUGAAAGAGUUGCAACCUGCCGGCGCCUCACUACCUGAGAAAUCAUGAAGAGAGAACGCGGAAAAUGCCGUGUUUUGUAAUUGCCUGUAAUUAUUUUAUGGAUUGAUUUUUUUCUUUGGUGAAAAGCGACUUUUCCUCUAGAGGAUCUGAAUCAGGAUUAGCUGAGCAUGGGCUACGAUGAUAGCCAGUGGUUUAGGUGGACUCACUCAAUGUGAACCUGAUUAGAUGGCGCCCAAAGUGCUGUUGGUGAGACUAGACUAAAAGGAAACUAAUCAAUCAUGUCGCUG